AUGCAGCCAAACCCACCUGGUGUCAUCAGCCCAACUUCGUUCAGAUCUACGUGCGCAAGAAGCCUUCGGGGACAGCGCGAGCAUCACCUGGAACUCGACGCCGUCCUUGGAGGUACCAAGACACGGAGCCCGACCUCUAGGCUGUCGUCAAGGAGACCCUCCGCUACAGCAGGCCGUCGUCACGACGCCAAGCUCGCCGGCUACGAUGUCUCCGCCGAGAGCAAGAUCCUGGUCAACGCCUGGUGGCUCGCCAACAACCCCGCCCUGUGGAGGAAGCCCGAGAUGUCCCGCCCGGGCGCAGCGCUUCCUGUAGGAGGAGGCCGACGUGGAGCCCAGCGGAAACUACUUCCGGUACCUGUCCAUGGGCCUGCCGGCCGCUGGAGCUGCCCCGGGAUCGUCCUCGCGCUACCCAUCAUUGGUAUCGUCCUCGGCCGGCUGGUGCAGAACUUCGAGCUGCUGCGGCCGCGGGGGCGGGACAAGAUCGACACUGCCGAGAAGGCCGGCCAGUUCAGCCUCCAUAUCAUGAUGCACUCCAUCGUGGUGUGCAAGCCCGGGGUGUGGACUGAUUUUGCAUUUGCUCUACGAGUGGGAAAAGCCGAGAAGAUGAGAAGGGAAGAAGGAAAACUUCGUUCGAUCCAUCGACUGAAAGAUUUGUAG